AUGUCGACAACCAACAUCGUUGUCUUCGGUGCUACCGGUACGCCUGCGGCAUGUUAUCUUCAGUGCUCACACGCUGAUGCUACUGGUACGGCAGGUUUCACCUGUCGCUUAAUGCCCGACUACCUCGCGCACCAUCCCAAACGCACGUCUUUCACUUUUGGUGUUGCGGGACGUUCUCAACUUGCCAAGCUCGAGGCACUGAAGAAGGGUCUGGGUCUGAACGACACUGAAAAUUAUGUGGAGGAGGCGGUCAAGAGUGCGCAGGUGGAGGAGGCGGUCAAGAGUGCGCAGGUGGUCGUAAACGCGGUGGGGCCGUCCAUUUACUGGGAUGAGCCCGUCUUGAGGGUGUGCUUGAAGCAUCGAAGACAAUACGUUGAACUAUGUGAAGAGACGCCUGGCUUGAGCUCACGACCUUCGCGCAGGUACGGCUAUGUGGAUACCAAAGCCAGCGUGCUCCUCGUCCCUUCCUGUGGGUUCGACUCAGUGCCCGCGGAGCUCGUCGUCUACGUUGCCAACAAAACCCUCAAAGCCACCUUAUGUCCACGCACAUCUCUCGGACCGUCGCUUACGGUCUACCGCGCGAACGGUGGAUUCUCCGGUGGUACCCUAGCUUCCAUGAUGGCGAUCGCAGAGAACGUGCCGAUCGAGAAGCUGCAAGAGGUGCAGGCCGAUUAUGCUCUCGGACCCGCGAUCGGCAAGUCGGGCGUGAAGGACAUGUUGUGGUACGAGGUGCCGUUCGCAGUGCCCAACCGCGUUGCGAUGUACUUCUUCAUGGCUCCAAGCAACCGUGUGAUCGUGCAGCUGGCCCGCGCGGGGUGUGCUGGGCUGGUUGAGCGUCACAAACGCGAGCUGAGCAUCCGCAAUACUAAUGGUGUUGGUAGUGUUGGCUCCUCCGGUAGGGUGUCACCAGCUUGGAUUAGUAAUACCUCGCAGCUGGCUCACAGCCUUCUUCUGCAGGUAAUAUGGUUCUUGAAGCAUUUGGCGACCCCGCCGGGCCCAUCAGAAGAGAAGAUGAAGAUAGGCUUCUUCCAGAUUAAAAACCACUCCCGGUCGGUGCAUGCACCAGGAAUCCCAGAGGUGCCCAUCAGGACCGUUAUGCGUGGGCAGGGUGACCCUGGCUACCUCCUUUCCGCCCGUAUGAUGAUCCCGGAGUCUGCGCUCGCGAUUGUUCUGGAGAAGGACAAGCUGCCGCGGAUGGCACAGGAGGGCGGGAUCCUGACCCCUGCGACGGCCUUCGGCGAUGUGUUAGGUAGAGGAGGGCGGCGGUCGUAUAUGGAGAGUGUGGGCAUCAUCAUUGACCUCUACUAG